AUGCCCUUCGUAGCAGGCAGCGGGGUCAAGAAUGGGUCCAGGCCAAUAGCGGUUCUGACUCUUUCUGUAGACGGCUUCAGUGUUCUUAUUCCAGUCCAGUUUGUUGGUCAAGUACACUCCAAAGUACUUAUACUCCUCAAAUUCCUUUUCUUAUCCGACAGACACUUGGCAAGGGUGACGGAUAUCGAUGCGACAGAUACGAGCAACCCCAACCUGAACUACGGCCUGGUGGUGGACUGUGGCAGCAGUGGCUCCAGGGUGUUUGUGUACUGCUGGCCCCGGCACAAUGGAAAUCCCCACGAACUGCUGGACAUUCAGCAAAUGAGAGAUCAACACCGCAAGCCGGUGGUCAUGAAGAUCAAACCAGGUAUCUCUGAUUUGGCUAAAACACCAGAGAAAGCCAGUGACUAUAUCUAUCCGCUGCUGAGCUUUGCAGCUCAACACAUUCCCAAAAACAAGCACCAAGAAACACCGUUGUACAUCCUGUGCACAGCUGGAAUGAGAAUCCUCCCUGAAAGUCAGCAAGAAGCACUUCUUGAGGAUCUGCGGACGGACAUCCCCGUCCACUUCAACUUCCUCUUCUCUGAUUCUCACGUGGAAGUGAUUUCUGGAAAACAGGAAGGUGUCUAUGCAUGGAUUGGAAUAAACUUUGUCCUUGGGAGGUUUAACCAUGUGCACAAUGAUGGGGAAGCUGUAGUGGAGGUAAAUGUCCCAGGUGGCGAUCAACAGGAGGCGCUGGUGAGGAAACGGACUGCCGGUGUCCUGGACAUGGGCGGCGUUUCCACCCAGAUCGCAUACGAAGUGCCCAAAACUGAGGAAGUUGCCAAGAACUUACUGGCCGAGUUCAACCUUGGAUGUGACGCACAUCGCACAGAGCAUGUUUAUCGUGUUUAUGUGUCGACCUUCCUGGGUUUUGGAGGAAAUGCAGCACGCCAAAGAUAUCAGGAGAACCUCGUCAGAAAUACUGCCACUCGAAAUAAGCUAUUAGGUCAACAUAUUGGCGAGACAGCAGAGUCCCCCCUCCUGGAUCCUUGUCUGCCCACAGACCUGCAGGAUGAGAUUGGUACGUCCACGCAGAAGCUCCAUCUGCGAGGCACGGGGGACUUCGACCAGUGUAGACAGAUUCUCCAGCCGUUCCUCAACCGCACCAACGAGACCCAAACGUCCCUCAACGGUAUCUACCAGCCAGCCAUCGACUACAACAACAGUCAGUUCUACGGCUUCUCUGAGUUCUACUACUGCACGGAGGAUGUGCUGCGCAUGGGCGGGGAUUACAACUCCUCCAAGUAUUCCCGGGCUGCCAAGAGUUACUGUUCCACCCAGUGGAAGACGUUGAGGGAACGCUUUGACUCCGGCUUGUAUGCCUCGCAUGCUGAUCUUCACCGGCUGAAGUACCAGUGUUUUAAGUCAGCAUGGAUGUAUGAAGUAUUGCACUCAGGCUUCUCUUUCCCAGCCAACUAUAAAAACCUGAAGACUGCCCUGCUGGUCUAUGAUAAGGAGGUCCAGUGGACUCUUGGAGCUAUUCUUUACAGAACACGGUUUCUGCCUUUGAGGGACAUCCAGCAGGAAGGCCUGAAAGGAGCUCACUCUCACUGGCGGCACAGCUUCUCCUUCGUCAACAACCACUACUUAUUCCUGGCUUGUUUCUUUAUCGUGUUACUGUCUAUCAUGCUAUACUUGCUGCGACUCCGCCGCAUCCAUCGACGCACAGCCCAGCGCUGCACCCCCUCCUCCGUACCGUGGUUGGAAGAGGGCCUCGGCUCACCCACAAUCCCCAUUAACCUCUAAAUUUCGUAGAGCGUAAAGUCUGGACAGCAUGUGUGACUUUGGAAAGCCAAUCUUCACUCCCUUUUUUUUCCCUCUCUGAUGUUUGUUCAGUGAGCUUUUUGAAGGCUGCUCUCUACCAUGAGUUGAGAUGGUCGCAAGAAUUGUAUAAAUGAGAACGAUUAUGAAGUGAGUCCUCAGGCUUACCUGAGCCCAUGAAAAUGUUUUUAUUUAAUAUCGAAAUGAGUGCAGAUUUCAUGUUCUUGCCUGCCACUCCAUUUUCCAAAUCAAAUGGCAACCGCCUCCAGGUGUCUUUUUUUAAUUUUAUUUCUUUCAAAAAAUUAAAACAACGGUACUCUGCUUGCUCGCUAAUCUUCCUCACCCAAGGAAAUAUGUUUUCACAGGUUCUACGACAAUACGGCCGUGAAAACGUAUUGGGCGUCUGCCUUUCUUUAUGCCUUUUCAUAUGCGUAUCUUUUUUUGUUUUUAUAGUUAAAUGGUACAAGCACUAUCCAUUUCUACAGGAACCUCAAAUGCAAUACGAUUUAUAAUUAGUGGAAGGAGCACUUUGGAAUGCAUUUGAAAUGCUUUUCCCAGCUGGAUAUGUAUUUUAUUUUAUUUGUGUGUGUGUGUGCGUGUGUGUGUGUGUGUCUUUCCCAAAUUGUUCUGCCUCAACAUGACAAGUAGCUGUUUAAUGGCUAUACUAGUGCAAUAUAUGUCUUGUCACUGUUGGGUGUGGAGGAAACACUCCAGAACACAUUUGCUCUUUUGUCGAGAGUAUCAAUCUCUCUUGAAGCCCUGCUGAAGACCUUGUGUUGGAUCAUCCGACUUUAAGUCGGAUACCGUUGCAUAUAUAUUUACGUUGGGCUUCAUUUUCAGAAGCCGUCAUAUCACUGCUGUGAGGGGAUUGUACAUGAGAGCACAUGCCCCGUUUAUUUAUAUGAAAAUGGUCUAGUGAAAUGUUUGCACAGAUUAAUUCGAAAAUAAAUGUUGUCACAUUGCAUUUCAGUAAUAAAGGUUUUAUGGUAUA